AUGACGAAACAUCAACCCAGCAUCGAGCAGCGUGGCGAGGAAAUUCUCAAUGUUUUUAACAGGACGUUUGGAGACCUUCUCGCCAGGGACCCUGCUGCAUUCCAGGUCAAAUUCCGCAAGAUGGCUGCCUCGGCGUUUGCCUUCUAUCGCGGUAGCGCUUGUCUAUUCUACCAUGACCUCGAGCAGGAGCAGCAUGUCGGUCCCUUCUUAGACGAUAAAACAAAGCGAAUCUGGAUCCAUGGCGAUUUGCACGCAGAGAACUUCGGCACCUACAUGGAUUCUCAGGGUCGUCUGAUCUUCAACGUCAACGAUUUUGACGAGGCCUAUGUUGGCCCCUUCACCUGGGACAUCAAGAGAUUCGUAGGCUCAAUCGCCCUAGUUGGUUAUGCGAAAGCUCUCAGUGACAAGCAGAUCACCCGACUCGUGAGGGUAUAUGCCGCAGCAUACCGCGAGCGGAUUCAUACCCUAGCCACUUGCACAAAGCAAGACGAGGUGCCACGCUUUACCCUAGACACCGCCAAGGGCCCGUUGCUGGACGCCUUGCGCUUAGCCCGUACGCAAACACGUGUCGGAUUGCUCUGCUCGAUGACGGAAAUCCAUGAUUCCGAGCGGCGUUUCACCUCAGGCGGUGGCGCAUUUAAGCUGGAUUCUGCCACACGAGAGAAAGUCGUGGAGGCGUUUAACCACUAUCUCGAGACACUUCCCGAGAGAAGAGAGGACUGCGCCGGCAUGUACCGCAUCAAGGAUGUGGUGGGUCGUCGGGGUGUGGGUAUCGGCUCUGCAGGUCUCCCAUCAUACAACAUCCUGCUGGAAGGCAAGAGCGAGGCGCUAGAGAACGACGUUGUGAUCUACAUGAAGCAGUCCGCGGCUGCAGCUGUCUCCCGGCACGUCGAAAAUAGCGCAGCCCACGCUUACUUCCACCACGAGGGUCACCGUACUGUCAUCUCGCAGCGCGCUCUGCAGGCGCAUGCGGACGUAUGGCUCGGCUGGACUGAGAUAGAUGGUGUAGGCCAGCUGGUCGCGGAGGUUUCCCCGUAUGCAGUGGACCUGGACUGGUCAGAUAUCAACGACAUGGAGGAGAUGGCGGCAGUGGUUGCCGACCUGGGUACGGCCACCGCCAUGAUGCACGGGGCCGGAGACGAUGACAGCAGACACUCGCAACUAGUGCCCUUCUCUCCUGAGGAAGCCAUUGAUGCAGCUAUAAUGGCCGAUGGGGACCGCUUUGUGGAUGUCCUUGUUGAAUUUGCGCAUGAGUACAGUGCCCAGACGCGGCGAGACCAUCAUAUCUUCGUGGAUCUUUUCCGCAAUGGCCGUAUUCCAGGCCUGCCUGUUGACGGCGGAAAUUGA